AGCCAGCCUGCCCGGCGUGUUCUCCAGCGCCACCCGUCCCUCAGUAACUCAUCCAGAAACUGUUGGUCCCGUCUUCAUCCUGUUAACAUGUUCAACAGUUAUACUGUCAAGUUCUCCCACAGCAAAGCUCUCACCUCCCCAUAUCCAGGAUCACAUGUUGAGCGUAGCCAAGUUCCUGAAGAUAAAGUGGGCUGGCUGAUUGAGUGGAAAGAUUAUAAUCCUGUGGAGUACACUGCAAUGUCUGUUUUGGCUGGACCCAAUUGGGCAGAUCCCCAAAUCAAUGAUAAAGGUUUUUCUCCCAAAUUCAAUGAGAGAGAUGGAGACGUGGAGAGGAAGAGCCUGAAUGGUGUGUAUGUGGUUGAAAACGGGAGGCCCCGAAAUCCAGUGGGAAGGACUGGCCUCAUAGGCAGAGGAUUGUUAGGACGCUGGGGACCAAACCAUGCUGCUGAUCCUGUUGUAACUAGGUGGAAGAGGGAUGGAAGUGGCAAUAAAAUUGCUCAUCCAGUUACUGGCAAAAACAUCUUACAGUUCGUAGCUAUCAAGAGAAGAGACUGUGGGGAGUGGGCCAUUCCAGGGGGGAUGGUGGACCCAGGGGAGAAGAUUAGUGCUACCCUGAAGCGAGAAUUUGGGGAGGAGGCCUUGAACUCCUUGCAGAAAUCGCCUGAGGAGAAAGCGGAAUUGGAGAAGCAACUCCACAAGCUGUUCAGCCAGGAACACUUUGUGGUGUACAGAGGAUAUGUGGAUGACCCUCGUAACACUGAUAAUGCUUGGAUGGAGACAGAAGCGGUAAACUAUCAUGAUGAAACUGGUGAGACAAUGGAUAAUUUGCCUCUGGAAGCAGGUGAUGAUGCUGGAGUAGUGAAGUGGAUUGACAUCAGCGAGAAGCUCAAGCUGUAUGCAAGUCAUAGCUACUUCAUUAAGCUUGUGACUGAGAAACGGGGAGCCCACUGGAGUGAGGAUGAGUGCCGUGAGUGAUGUAAAUGAGGAACCGACGGACACCAAGGGGGAGAAUAAGUUUUCCAGCUUUGAAACAGAUUACAUCAUCCUUUUCAGUGGAAAUUCAGUGAAAAUUCUGUGAAAUUCAGCUGGCAACAAUGCUUGGCAGUGAUAGAGGCUUUUUCAGAGACUUCAGAUUGCUUCUUUUGAUUUCUCAGCUAGUG